AUGAUCCCUCACCUCAGCCGCUUGGUGCUCCUCGUCGCGCCACUCUUGCCAUUGGCAACAUCGGCCGGCAAGACUUGUCCCUCUCAGACCUACGCUGCCUGUCAGAGAAAGACGUCUGAUCCACUCUCAGGGUGCCCUGAAGGAACUCUCUACGUCAGUCAAAAUGACACGCGCGCAGAUUUUCAGAGCAUUCAAGCAGCCAUCUCCUCGAUCCCAAACAAUACAGACGCCUAUACCAUCCUGAUCGCGCCGGGGAUCUAUACAGAGCAAUUGAAUGUGACAAGACAGGGACCUCUAACUCUUUUAGGCCAGUCUAAUCGACCAGGACGCAAGGAGGCUUAUUCUGAUGUUUUCGGGCACAAUACUACGGAUAGAGCGCAUGCCAAUGAAGUCCAAGUUUAUUGGAAUGCCGCAAAUCACGACAAAGUCUUUCCAGAUAACGUAUAUACCGGCGUCCUAACGGUUGGACCGACUUUGAACGCGACUCUGACAGGGUCAGGCCCGACGGGCUUCGCAGUCCCUGAUGACACCCCAUUCGGAUGCUCAGAUUUCAGGGCGUAUAACAUUGAUUUUCGGAACGAAGAGUUUCCAUACUCAAACGGUCCUGCGCACGCGCUUGGCGUAAGCAGGGCAAAUGCCGGGUUCUACUCUUGCGGGUUCUAUAGUUGGCAGGACACAAUCUACAUUGGGAAACUCGGAAAUGCGUAUUUCCACGAUGCCAUUGUGGCCGGACAGACCGACUUCCUCUACGGCUUUGGCACAUUCUACAUCGCGAACUCAACCUUGUCACUUAGGAGCUGCGGAGGUGGCAUCACGGCGUGGAAAGGGACAAACACGACCUUUGUCAACAAAUACGGAGUCUAUAUUGCUGACUCGCAGGUUCUUGCGGCCAACUCAAGCAUAGCGCCGCUGAUCCAAGACAAGUGCUCAUUGGGACGGCCGUGGAAUGCUCUGCAUCGCAGUGUUUUCAUGAACACCUACUUUGACCCGAGCAUUCUUCCUGCUGGGUAUACACAAUGGUCUGGUCAGCCUAAUGGUAAUAUUGGGGUAAAUACCACAAUGGCGGUGUACGAUGUGUACGGACCAGGUUAUGACACGGCAGCGGAAGAGGCCAGCAACAUCACAAUCGUCUUCGAUCAGCAGCAGGUCGCACCGUUUCUUCGCCCGGAAGACGUCUUUAUGACGGAGAAAGGAGACCAACCAAAUACAGCCUGGAUCGACCUGGGUCGCUCGUUUAGGUCGAGCAUCCACAAGAGUUAG